AAAAGAAUAAAAAAACUCGUUAGUAAGGUUUAAAGUGCAAAGAGUGUGUCAAGUGGAGUGUGGAGUAAAUUACACAUUAAAGAUCGAAGAGCAAAAACAUUAAACAUUGUGUUAUAAACAAAAGGCGUUAAAAAAGUAAACAACCUUGAAAUGGCGCAGUGUGACGUCAAGGACGAGGCCAAGGCAAUAACCCUCAAAACGUAUGCCUAUGACUUGCUUCGACAUGGCAUUGUUGAAUCCAUUGCGUUGCCUGAGAUAUCUUUAACUUCUGAUGCGGAUUCGAAUGCAUCCUACGAAACACAGUUAACACGUGGUGACUUUACUUAUUAUCAUUAUGGGUGCGAUGGCGUUCACGACAAUGGCUGGGGAUGUGCCUAUCGAACAUUGCAGUCAAUGGCAUCAUGGAUUUUGCAUAAGCGUCAGUGGCAUUCUCAGCUUAACAUACCCUCAUUGCUGGAAAUUCAACAGACUUUAGUUCGUAUUGAGGAUAAGUCACCACGUUUUGUGGGCUCUCGCGAUUGGAUUGGAGCUUUAGAGGUCUUCUAUACGGUAGACACACUCUACGAUGUGCCUUGUAAAAUUGUACAUGUCACAAAGAAUGAUGAUUUGAGCAAACAUGUAGCGGAAUUGUUGAAAUAUUUUCGUGAUUAUGGAGGUUUUGUUAUGAUGGGAGGCGAUAUGGAUGCGGCAUCAAAAGGAAUAGCGGGUAUUCACAGCAAUGGCAAGGACUCAUAUCUAUUGGUUGUGGAUCCCCAUUAUUCUGGAGGGCCGGUAUCCAUUGAAGAUCUCAUUAGCAAAGGCUAUAUACGGUGGCAAAAUACUAAAGAAUUUGUCGAUAGUUCCUUUUAUAAUUUGUGUCUACCAUAUCUAAAAUAAAAUCGAUAAACAUUUGAACUGACAACCACACUCACCUACACACACACACAUUUUCUUAAAAGGGGGUGACUGUUAACUCAAAUUCACCUUAGUAGGGGUCUGUAAGAACUCUGCUCAUAUUUGAAACAUUUGUACUAUAGACCACGCACUAGUAAAUUUGUAUGCUAUUCU